UGCAAGUUCUCUGGAGCUCCCCCCAUCAACUGCACCUGGCUCAAGUUCAGGAAACCAAUCCAGGAGGGCUCGACCGACAUCUCCAUUGACAGCGGUGACGGCAGCACUAAACUGACCAUCUCCAGCGGACAGCAGGAACACUGCGGCUGUUACACCAUUGAGCUGAGGAACAGCUAUGGCCUUCGACAGGCCGCCCUCAACCUCACCAUCGUCGAUAAACCUGACCCUCCAGCGAAGGUCCCGGCGACCUCAGAUAUCCGGCGGUCCAGUCUGACCCUGUCGUGGUACGGGCCGACCUACGACGGCGGCAGCGCCGUUCAAUCGUACAACCUGGAGAUCUGGGAUUCUGUGGAGCAGCAGUGGAAACACCUGGUGUCGUGUAACAGCACCUCCUACAACAUCCAGAACCUUCUUCCGGAGCGUCAAUAUAAGUUUCGUAUUCGGGCGGAAAACAUUUAUGGAGUCGGCGAGCCGAGCGCAGAGUCCGAGCCCGUCACGGUCGGACUUGUGGACGACGAGAACCAGGACGAGGCGGAGGACGAGGAUGAAGACUCGGAGAAGGAGCCAGACUACAGAGACGUUAGCAUCCGAACGGACGUGAAGGUGAAGGAGUUGUACGACGUGGAGGAGAGGCUGGGAACGGGAAAGUUUGGUCAAGUCUUCAAAUUGGUAGAAAAAGCCACGAGGAAGGUUUGGGCAGGAAAGUUCAUCAAAGCUUAUUCAGCGAAGGACAAGGAGAACGUCCGGCAGGAGAUCGGCAUCAUGAACAGCCUCCAUCACCCCAAACUGGUCCAGUGUAUCGACGCCUUCGAGGGCAAGUCCGACAUCGUCAUGGUGCUAGAGAUGAUCUCUGGAGGUGAGUUGUUCGAGCGGAUCAUCGACGAGGACUUUGAGCUGACGGAGCGGGAGGUGAUUAAAUACAUGCUGCAGAUCAUCGAUGGAGUCAACUUCAUCCACAAACAAGGCAUCGUCCACCUCGACCUCAAACCUGAGAACAUCAUGUGUGUCAACAAAACCGGCAGCAAAAUCAAACUCAUCGACUUCGGCCUCGCCAGACGACUAGAAAAUGCUGGAACUCUGAAGGUUCUGUUUGGGACCCCGGAGUUCGUUGCCCCUGAGGUAAUCAACUAUGAAGCCAUCAGUUAUCCCACCGACAUGUGGAGUAUAGGGGUCAUCUGUUACAUACUGCUGAGCGGUCUGUCUCCCUUCAUGGGCGACAGCGACAACGAGACUUUGUCCAACGUCACUUCGGCCUCCUGGGACUUUGAGGAUGAUGCCUUCGAUGAAAUCUCCGACACUGCCAAAGACUUCAUCACCAGUCUGCUGAAGAAAGACAUGAAAGCACGGCUGACCUGCGCUCAGUGUUUCGAACACCCGUGGCUGAAGCAGGACACCAACACCAUGAAGGCCAAGAAGCUGUCGAAAGAGCGGAUGAAGAAGUACAUCCUGAGGAGGAAGUGGCAGAAAACGGGUCAUGCUGUGCGAGCCAUCGGUCGCCUGUCAUCCAUGGCCAUGAUGGCUGGCGUCAGCGCCAAGAAGGGUUCACCCACUGAAGAGGACAAUCAGUUCCUGGAGUGUUUGGAGUACGAGCAGAAGACCGAGUGUAAACCCACUUUCAGCUCCGUCAUCAAAGACGUGGAGGUGGUGGAGGGAAGCGCCGCUCGCUUCGACUGCAAGAUAGAAGGUUUCCCUGAUCCAGAGGUGGUGUGGUACAAAGACGAGCAGCCAAUCAAAGAGACCCGACACUUUCAGAUCGACUACGAUGAAGACGGAAACUGCAGUCUGGUCAUUUCAGAGGUGUCGGGCGACGAUGACGCCAAGUACAUGGUGAAGGCGGUGAACAGUCUGGGGGAGGCGACCUGCACUGCUGAACUGCUGGUGGAGGUGAUGGCAGGAGAGGAAGAGGAGGAGGAGGAGGAGGAGGAGUAAAGAAGUGACAGUCUUAACUCCCACGGGAAGAGGAGGCGGAGCUCAUCAGCUAGACGGCCUAUCAGACCUAAGCAGGAAAAUAAUGACCCAUAAAUGACAGGUUGUGAUUGGAGGAGCAGGAGGGGGCGGGGUUUGACACACCAGGUUUCACUGUGGUUCUGACUGAAAUCACUCACUGUUCACACGUUCAUUAGAAUAGAACUAGAACUCUGUUCACACCUUCAUUAGAAUAGAACCAGAACUCUGUUCACACGUUCAUUAGAAUAGAACCAGAACUCUGUUCACACCUUCAUUAGAAUAGAACCAGAACUCUGUUCACACCUUCAUUAGAAUAGAACC